AAAAAUGUUGCAUAUAUUAGCAAUAUUUAAUUUAUACCAGACAUCAAACGAUACUUAAAAACACAAGAUAUGUAAAUAAAUGUCAUUGACAUAAUAUUCACCUUUCUAGCCCUUUAUACAAGUCAAAAUAGAAUGUCUAAUAUCAUAUAAUAAGUAUGGCAACACCGCACUCCGCUAGUUUACCAUUCUAAGUUGGCUGCCCUGCGGUCUCGUACUCGAAUGCGAGUUUAAGGUUAGGAAGAUCCACUGCCGUAUUAAGAAGAAUGUCGAAAUGCAAGGGAAGGCGCUGGAAAGGCAAAUUAGUAUCCGAAGCGGUUUAUCAACAGAGAAUAAAACAAAGUCGAAACUGUAAGACCUUAAAUAAAAGUCGCAGUGAAUAUAAUGCGAACUCGAAACUCGAGUCAGAAGAAAAAGAUAAAUCACCUCAACCGAGCUACAUGGAAGGACGCCGCAUUGUUGAAUUUUCCGUUCUCGCUGAACAAUUGUGGUGUGUGUCAUGCAAGGAAGCUCUUUCUCUACAAUAUAUAGAAGAGGAAAUGCACAGAGGUUUGGGCUCGAUAUUGUUGGUGAGAUACCACAAGUGUCUACUCAUGAAUUCAGUCGCCACGGGUAAACAGCACAACUGGGGAAGUCGACGCUUGUCUCGUUUCGACGUAAAUGCUAAAGCAGUAAUUGGUGUGCUUCAUGGUGGAUUAGGACAUACGCAUCUCAACAAACUACUAUCCUGUUUAAAUAUUCCAACUAUCAACUUUAAGACAUUUAAAAGUGUUGAUACAUAUAAUAUAAACGUUUCCGUUCAAGAGGGCGCUACACUUAUGCGACAUGUAACGUCCUCUCGGUUAAGCUUAGCUCCUGGGCCAGUCUGCCAGAGCAAGCUCCCGCUCGAAUAUACCGCCUUUUUUGUUAUCACAUCGAGCAAGUAA